ACCAGUACGGUGCUUAAAAGCCCCUCGAAGCAUCGUCUAUAGAGUUAUAUCACUACAACUUGUAGUAUAAGGAGAGAAAAAUCAAUUAAUGAGAGCUCAGUCCUAUAUCUCCACUCUGGCUUCUCUACUUCUUCCUCGUCUUUUCUUUUUACCAAUACUGCAAAUCGCGAUUGGGUGGCCAGUGGACCUGACCCGAGGGUUCACAAACCUCCCACUGGUGAACUUGACUGAUUAUCACAUUCAGAAGCCCUAUGACUUGCCCGUUGGCGACCGAUACAGCUUCAAGAAUGGAGUCCACAAGCUGUGGGUCUACCCCACUGACAACCCUCUGUCCAAAGGGAGCCCAACUAAACCUCGAAGUGAGAUCAUCAUAAAUGGUUACAACUACUCAUCAGGGGUGUGGCAGUUUGAGGGGCACGGGUACGUCCCAUGCGGCAUGUCUGGGGUCUGCAUCAUGCAGGUGUUUGGUGCAAGCCCCCACAACACGACCCUCAUGCUCAGGGUCUCCAACGGCUCUCUAUAUUACUACAACAAGAGUCUCCUGGUCCCGAAUAUCUAUGACAGGUGGUUCAAGUUGAACGUGAUCCAUGACGUUAAUGCAUCCCGACUGAAUGUCUAUGUUGACGGGGAUCUAAAGCUCGAGGCUCCAGGUCGUGGAGGCACAAUCCACUACUUUAAGUGCGGGGUGUAUGUGCAGGACAAUGAAUCAUAUUACAGGGAGUCCCGUUGGAAGGGGAUUAAGGUCCUCAAGAAAUGUGACAUUUGAGAAGAUUGCCGCCUAGCUGGGUUAACUUUUAUGUACCAUUUGCCCUUAAAUUUGUGAAAGCGAUCAUUGUCUUCGUGACACAAAUAAAAACUCACCUUUUGGCAAGGUUGAUA